AUGGAGUCAUUGGAGGGCCUUCAAGCUAUGGGAGAUAGCAUGAGAGAAGAAGUCAAUAGUUCAAGGCCCAUGGCUUGCCUCUUAAAGUGGCUACAAUUGCAAGCUUGGGUGAUUCAAGGCCGGAAGAUGGCUAUUUACGCAAAUGCCUAUUUGUGCAAGUGGCUACUUUGCGCAAGGAGGGCACAAGGAGAGAAGUCAUAUGGAGGAGAAGAUAUAAGGAUGUCAUCCAUAGCCUCAGAAUCUUGUGGUCAUGAAUUGGAUAGUUAUGCCUCUAGCAAUGUAGGGUAUGACUACGAUAGCGAUGAAGGCUAUGAGGGAGAAGGAAUGACUCAUGGUGAUGAUGGUAAGCAUCACUAUGCUUACAGUGAUAGUGAAUAUGAUGGUGUUCAUGGGUCGUAUGAUGGUACAUAUGAUCAUAACCAAGGUGAAAGUGACCCUUACUACUCCGGGGGUAAUUAUGAGGCGAGUGAUUCUCAUGGGUCUUAUGAAGAUGAUGAAGGAGUAGAGGAGUUUGAUGACGAGUCCUAUGGUGAAGACGAGAGUUAUGAAAAGUCUCAUGCUACACACCAUGGACAUGGAGGCGACUUUGGGUAUAUCCCUUCCUCGCACUUAUGUUAUGAGUCAAUUGAUGGAGACUUGCAUGAAAUGGGAAGUGGUGAUGAACGUGAGCCUUAUGGCUAUGUACUUUGUGGUGAAUACACUCGUGAGGAUAGUGAAUUUGAACAUGAACCUUGUGAGGAAUUUUAUGAUGUUGGAGGUAGGAGGGAAGUAUUGAGAGGUGAAGAAAGUAGAGGAGGUGCACGGCCUCAAGUGAGAAGUGAUUCCCUUCAUUCAAAAUGGGAAUAA